AUGCCCCCCAAGUCAUCAUCCCAAAAUCCUCCCUCCUACGACAACCCAUACCUCGCCUCCUCUUCGCUCGCCAACGCUGGCCCCGCAUUCCCAUCCACCCCUACGUCCUCCCAGAUGCCGUAUCCUCAUCAAUCAUCCAUCGAAAGUGGCACCACCGUCCUCGAGCCGGUCGAGCACCGCGACGACGGGUACAGUCCGGCGCAAGGUGUCAUGUCUGAUUACAGGGGCGCGUCCGGGGCGUAUGCGCCUCACGACGAGGCGAGACAUGGCGAGCAGGAUGUAGGGCUUUUGAGCGCCAACCAGCCGAACGACGGGUACAGCUACGGAACGCCCUACGAAGAAGAUCAGGAGCCGUACCGAGACCGUAUCGUCACUGCCUCGCCAUCUCUCGGUCCAUGGGACUCUGCUUCUCAGCGGUCGCUACCUCAUCAUCCUACCGCAUUUCCUCUGCCACAGGCGAAUCUCGUACCUUUGGGUGGCGAGGGCAGUCAGAUGAAUGGGCACGUGAACAAGAAACCGAGCUAUAGCGGGCUAAGCUAUAUCGACGAGGAUGGAGAGUAUUAUCAUUCAGAGAGAAUGCGCCCUGCGUCGACAAAUAUGAGUUUGGCGAAGGGGACUGAGGAUAUGGAGAUGGGCAAUGUGCACCCGGCCUCGAGCUAUGGCUCUGAUCCGUACAAGAAUCCUUAUCAAGAGUCGCCCUACCCAUAUCCACCCCCACCCCAAGACGCCAAUCUCUCAGGCUUUGCAAACUAUACCACUCCAAGCAACUUGUACACCUUGCUCCUCUUCCCUACAGGCCUGGAUAGGCUACUGGCAAUGGUCGGAAUCAAGACGGGGGCUUAUCCCAUCGAACAGGCGAUUGAGAGGAAGAGACGAGGGCUAGGCGGGCAGAGAAUACCGGUUGCGACGUGGGCUCUGACUGCUGCCAUGCUCGGAGUCAUGAUCUACGAAAUGGUCCGCAACUACCAGGCUAUGGGUACACCCAUCGCUAUCAGGCCCACGUUCAACUACAUGAUUGGUCCUUCGGCUGAAGUUCUCAUCAAUAUUGGCGCCCGAUUCCCGCCUUGCAUGAAGAAUGUCUCGGCAUUGCCUGCGACUUUUGAACUAGCUUGUCUCAAUGAUACUUCAAGCACUCCAACGACUUCGUGUACGAUAGAAGAGAUUUGCGGACACGGCGGCUUCAACGGCAACACCCCAGACCUGGUGGCGUUUCAUCCUCCCAAUCCUCAUGCACGUCGGCAUCAUCCACUUCAUCCUCAACAUGCUCGCCCAGAUCACCCUGCCGCCCAAGUCGAACGCGAAAUGGGCACUAUCCCCUUCUUGAUCACCUACACGCUUGGAGGGAUAUAUGGUUUUGUGCUGGGAGGCAACUUUUCGAGAGUUGGGGUGCCUAGUGUGGGGGCGAGUGGAGCGUUGUUUGCGACUAAUGCGUGCGUGUUGGUGGAUUUGGUCUUGCAUUGGAAGUACGAAGAACGCCCGAGACUCAAAGCAUUCUUGCUAUUCCUCGAGUUUGGCAUAGGUUUCGCUAUCGGCUAUAUUCCCAACGCUGUUGAUGGUCUCGCCCAUCUAGGCGGCUGGGCUAUGGGGAUUCUCUGCGGCAUUAUCCUUUAUCCCUCCAUCUCUGAAACGAAUAGACACAAGUAUAUCGUAUGGGGAUGUAGGGUGGUAGCCUUGGUGCUGGUUAUUGUGGCGAUGGUCACCACCAUCAAGAACUUUUACACGGAUGAUCCCAAUGCGGCUUGCGAGUGGUGUAAAUACCUUUCUUGUAUCCCGACAAGCUCCAACGAGCACUGUACCGGCACCGUGCGUUCAUCCCACCCUUAG